CAACAACAGCCGAUUUUGCGUUUGACAACUCUGUUCACUUGUCCAGAACUUUUACAUAAUCUUGAAAAUUCGGUGAAAAUCCUAGCAAGAUGUCGUUCACACAAAUCGCGCGUCAAUGCAGCCGAUUUGCAGCGGCCCUGAGCACAGCGAGGCUGGCCAGCAGCUCCCUUGUCGGCCAGACACAGACUAGGAUGAUGCACAGGAUCGUCAUGCCGGCCAUGAUUAGCAGCCAAAAGUUCCAUGUGCGUCAAUAUUCUGCCAAGAGCACUAUUGAAGACAUCAAAUUCCGUGUCUUAAAGGUUGUCUCUGCUUAUGACAAACAGAGCAGAUGUGGCUGGCAAAUGCGUAAAUAUUCGGCCAAACCUCCAUUGUCGCUGAAGCUGAUCAAUGAGCGUGUCUUGCUUGUCUUAAAACUCUAUGAUAAGAUCGAUCCCAGCAAGCUGAAUGUGGAGUCACACUUCAUUAACGAUCUGGGCCUGGAUUCACUGGAUCAUGUGGAGGUCAUCAUGGCAAUGGAAGAUGAAUUUGGCUUUGAAAUUCCCGAUUCGGAUGCCGAAAAGCUGCUAAAACCUGCCGACAUUAUUAAGUACGUGGCUGACAAGGAGGAUGUCUAUGAAUAAAAGAAACGUAAUUGUAAUGUCAUAAAGCAAAGAAACAUAAAAAAACAAGGUUACCCUUUAAUUUUAAAAUA